CUGGUGUUGGUUUUUGCUUUUAAAUGUGUGGGUGAAAUUUACCCGUGUGUUCAUGAACCACAACUUUAUUUAUUAGUUGUUUGGUCCAGAAAAUGUUGAGUGUUUGUCAAACCUGGAAAUGAAUAUGGUGAUGUUUUGUUCACACACACACACACACACACUGAUUGAGUUUUAAUGAUUUCUUUGUUUUAUGGAGCAAAGAAAUAAAGAAAAUAUUUACAUUUAAGAAGGCGUAUAAAUAGACUGAUUAGUUGAUUGAAAUAGCUGACAAUCACUUAAUCAAAUUUUUUAUAAUCAGUGAUUUCUGUCAAUGUUUUACUGCAGGAGGAAAGAACAGUCCUAAAAUGUAAGUCUUAGUAUGAGACUGGACUAAUCUGAAUAUAUCUCACUCUUCUGACCUUGUGGAAUCGUCCACACUGGACAUCUGUACAGACAAAAUGGCCGACUGUCACUUUAAACUCGCCAUUAAAUGAAAAACAAACACGCCAUCAGAUCGGAUAUGAAUUGGAGGGAAAAAAUGAAGAUUUAAUAUUCUUGAUUAUACACUGAGCCCUCCUCACUGUUAACCUUAUGGUAACCACUAGGUGGUGCACAACAUCAUUUUAUAGUGGAGGGAGUUUUUUCAAUUCAUUUCUGAUUCAAUGGAUUGUUUUUAUUGUAAACGGACCAUUUGACCAUAUACUGUGUGUGUGUGUGUGUGUGUGUGUAUAUAAAUACUGUGUGUAUAUAUGUAUAGCUGUAAAAGAUGUUUUGACCUCUUCCCACUGAGGACAUGACACUGUCUCCAGUAGUUUUUAUGAUUUUUCUUCUGUUUAAAUGUCUUCAGGCUGGAGACAAAAAAAAACCUUUAUACUCUUAAACAGAAAAGGAUUUUUUACUCUAUCGCUGUUCUUUGUGUGUAUGUGGACAUCUUGUCCUCAACUUUAAAGGACUUGUGUCCAGGUUUAAAACCUGGUUUUCUGCUGAGACGGAGGUAAAGGCUCAGGGUUAGACACUGAGUUGUGAUAGUCAAGGUUAAGUUAAGGGGUGUCCUCACUGAGACAGCUGUACAGGACUGUGUGUGUUGGACGAUGUCCCACUUGCUCAUCUGUUGUGUAUAAAACUCACAGUCUGAGGAAUUCUCAGCUGACGUGACUGGAUUUUCUUUCUGUCAGACGACGAUUUAAACUCAAUCUUCUGCGACGACAAAACGCCACAAAAGUCAGUGUCUCCAUUCUGCUUUUUAAAGUCCACACAGUCCUGGUGAUGGUUUGGACAACAGAUGUUCUUUUAAACCUGGAUUUAUUAGAUUUUAAAGUUUUGUUCUAUCAAUAACUGUAAAUACGGAUUAAUCAUCUAUAAUCAAGCAUUUCUUAACCCUUAUUAAUCUUUAUUAAAUACUACACAUUUGUUUCCCACUACAAGGAACAUUAAUAAGGGUUAAGAAAUGCUUGAUUAAAGUGAAGUAUUGCUUGUUUUGUAAAUUUUUAAGUCCUGGUUAAGGGAUACAUAUUUUAUACUGUACAAUAAGGCUCACAAGGAACUAAAUUAAUAAAUAAUAUAAGUAUAAUAUAUAAUAUAAGUAAACCAUUUUCACCCCAGGUUGAAGCAGGAAAACAAGUAUUGUUUUUUGUCAUUUUAAUAUUCAAAUCUUAUUCAAAAUAUUUAGCUGAUUUUACUGAACUUGGGCUUUUAUUUUGAAGGUUUGACUCUUAAAAACGCCUCUGGGAAACUGUGAGGUGUGUGUGUGUGUGUGUGUGUAAACUGAGCUCAGGUGUCGAGUUACACUUGGUAAUAAACACACACUGUAAAACAGAGCGACUUCCUUCAGUGUGGAGAUGUUUUAGUUUCAGCAUCAGUGAAGGAAAAACAUGAUUUAAUAAUAUAAAAACAGAAAUACGGUGUUUGAUGGAGGGUCACAAGGGUUUUUUCUUGGCCUACAUUUGUCCAUAAAACAGAAUGUAACGCGUUCCUGAUCUACCUCCUCAGCCUAGACCUUGUCCUCUGUCCACUUGUCCUAUGUUCUUUUCUUUUGCUCCAUCUCUUUGAAAAGUUAAUCUUUCUUCGUCUUCUUUCAUUGUUGCAGCUACAAAAUGUGUUCAACCAAUCUGAGUUCUUCAGCACAUAGCCCCGCCCCUCUAGAGAAAAGUCAUGAAGGACACAGAAAAACAGAUGAUGUCACUUUGUUUCUGUUCAUGGAGAACAAACAGGCUGAGAGUUACGUACUACAGCUUUAAAGCAGGUUCACACUAAAGAGGUCAGAACACUCCGGCAGAGAGAGAAGCUCCUGGUGAGGAUGACCGGAUGAUGGAGGGAGUGACACUCGCACCAAACACAGCCUGCUGAGAUAAAACCGUGGUAGCGAUGGCGGCGUGGCUGGGCCGUGUCUCUCUGGGCGACGCAUGGUUCAACAUGUGCAGCCGCCUGCUGAGGACCAAGCCCGUGGGCUCCAUGGCUCACCAAUCGGACGACCUCACCGAGCUCGGCGAGGGCUCGCCGGUCGGCCUGGCCAAGGUCCUAACCACCGUGGACCUGGUGUCGCUCGGCGUGGGCAGCUGCGUCGGCACGGGGAUGUACGUGGUCGCCGGGCUGGUCGCCAAGGCCAUGGCUGGGCCCGGGGUCAUCUUGUCGUUUAUCAUCGCAGCCGUGGCAUCCAUACUGUCAGGCGUGUGCUACGCAGAGUUUGGCGUCCGCGUGCCCAAAACCACCGGCUCCGCCUACACCUACAGUUACGUGACGGUGGGGGAGUUUGUGGCGUUCUUCAUCGGCUGGAACUUGAUCCUGGAGUACCUGAUCGGCACGGCGGCGGGCGCCUCAGCCCUCAGCAGCAUGUUCGACUCCCUGGCCAAUCACAGCAUCAGCAGCUACAUGAUCACACACCUGGGCACGCUCCGAGGACUCGGUAAAGGUGAGGACACGUACCCGGACGUCCUGGCGCUCUUCAUCGCUCUGCUGGUGACCGCCAUCAUCGCGCUCGGCGUGCGAAACUCGGUCGGCUUCAACAACGUCCUGAACGUGGUCAACCUGGUCGUGUGGGUGUUCACCGUCAUCGCCGGACUUUUCUUCGUCUCCAUCAGCAACUGGGAGGGCGGCGACUUCCUGCCGUACGGCUGGUCGGGGGUGAUGAAAGGCGCCGCCACCUGUUUCUACGCCUUCAUCGGCUUCGACAUCAUCGCGACGACGGGAGAGGAAGCGAAAGACCCGAACACGUCCAUCCCGUACGCCAUCACCGCCUCGCUGGUCACUUGUCUCACCGCCUACGUGUCGGUGAGCGUGAUCCUGACGCUCAUGGUUCCCUACAACCUCAUCGACGGCUCAGCUCCUCUCAUGGAGAUGUUCGCCGACCACGGCUUCCUGUGGGGGAAGUACACGGUGGCUGUCGGCGCCAUCGCCGGACUCACCGUGUCUCUGCUGGGAUCUCUGUUCCCAAUGCCAAGGGUCAUCUACGCCAUGUCACGAGAUGGUCUGCUGUUCAGGUUCCUGUCCCACGUGUCGGCGCUCACACACACCCCUGCGGUGGCGUGUGUGGUCUCGGGCAGCUUCGCCGGCGUCCUCGCUCUGCUGGUGAGCCUGCGUGACCUGAUCGAGAUGAUGUCCAUCGGCACGCUGCUGGCCUACACCCUGGUCAGCGUGUGUGUCCUCUUACUGCGCUACCAGCCCGACGAGCACGCCGACGCCCACCAGGUCAACUCUGUGGAGGUGGACGGCGUCACAGCGCCCCGGGACGACGGAGUCGCCACCAAAGACGACCAGAUGCUGAUUGACGAGGACGGCUCAUCGUCCUAUCACAGGGGCGGGACUGAUGGAGAAGGAGACGACUCUGACUUCCACACGGGCCACACCUCGCUGCUGAAAAGACUUCUGGGAGGUCACUACUACACGCUGAGGUUGCGGCUGGGGAUGCCAGACGCGUCGGCGCGGCCCACGCCGGCCACCGGUCGUACGGUGACCCACUGCACCCUCCUCCUCUUCUUCAUGUCCUUCCUCCUGUGGUCCACCGUGAUAUUCGGCGUGGAGCAGGGCACCUGGGUGGAGGCGGGGUUCUCAGGACUGCUGGCCAUGGCGAUGGCAGGUUCCAUGGUGAAGCUGUUGAUCGUGAUCAUACAGCAGCCGGAGAGCUCACAGAAGCUUCCCUACAUGGCGCCGUGUGUGCCCUUUGUCCCCGCCGCGGCCAUAUUGGUCAACAGCUACCUCAUGCUCAAACUAUCUCCUCUCACCUGGGCCAGAUUCACCAUCUGGUGCCUGAUCGGUUUGUUGAUCUACGGUUGUUAUGGGGUGUGGCACAGCGCGCUGGAGCUGAGCGCCCGCGAGCAGCAGGCGCAGGCCAGCUCCUACCAGCGCUACGACGACCACCUGGACGACACCUUCUCCCCCGACGACGACCUUUACCCCCAGGAACAGGACGAGGCGCCGUACCAGGGCUGGUCCGCCCCGGAGGAGAGGGGCUACCACUACCAGCACCAGCAGAGGGACCAGUAUGAGGAGCCGGAGGAGAGCGGGGGCGACCAGCACGGCUACCAGUCCGGAUCCGGAGGCCGGUCUACGAGCAGAGGUGACCGGUCCACAGGAAGGACCAAUCACGGCUUUGACGCGGGAGACGAGGACGACUGAAGUGUCUCCUCCCAACACGUCAAAGACUUAUUUCAGAUUUCACACGAGACGCUAAAGAGGCUCUUUGAGCAGCAGCCAUUUAAAUGACCUGGAGUGUCCAGUCUGGCCAGUAGGGGGCAGAUCAUGUGGAAAUAAAACACUUGAAAUUAUAUCAGUUUCAAAAUAAAAGUUAGAUUAAAUAUAGAUCGAUAUAUAGUUUAUGAUAAAAACAAAUUUAUGAUAUAAAUCUAUAAAUUAAAAAGAAUAAAGUGGGGUGCGGGAAAGUAGCCCAUGAACCGCGAGUUUGACACCUUAUGGAUUUAAUGAUCCAAUUAAUGGAAUAAAUGAUAGCUAGGGCAUUGGGAAUGUGGUAAAAGUGACGUUAAGUCCAAAUCAUAGAUGUUUUUUAAAAUUUCAGUUGUGAAGAAAAAGUGUCUCAGCUAGCCACCAGGGGGCGACUCUUGAAUAUUAGCUUCUACGUCUCGCGGGAGUUCAUGGUUUUAGUAAACAAUACACAAUAGCUAGCCAGAAACACCUAAGCAUCCCCGCGACAACGAUGUAAAUCCCAGCUCUGACUUCCGAUGUUAAUGGAACGCGACGUUACUCCUGUGAUCCGCCUGCUUGAUCCUGUGACCAGUAUCAAAAUGGCCGCCGUGACCUGUGACAAAAUGGCUGCUGUGCAAAGAGCCGUCUUCUGAUUUAAAGGUACAGUAGGAUUUUCGUUAUUUUUUGGGACAUUAUUGAUCCGCAGCCUGUUUUUUUAAAGGAAUAAUGACGUUAUUUUUUCUUCUUGAGUUGUUUUUGUUUGUUUUUGUUUUGUCUUUUUUGGAGUGAAUGAUAUUUACGAUGGUGUUUGAGUGUUUGCUCUGUCACAACAAAAUGUGACGUUGACUGCCGACCUUGUUUGUCAAUAAAUGUCUUCAUGAUUG